ACGGCGUUCCCACCUCCACGUGGUCUCCGGUCACAUAGAGGCAGAGUCAAAAUCGAGCUCCGGAGUAACGGUUUUCCGAUCGAUCAUCGGAGCUUCCAAAUCGCCGCCGUGAGGUCAUGAAAAUCAAUGUGAAGGAGUCGACGUUGGUGCGCCCGGCGGAGGAGACGCCACGUGUGAGCUUGUGGAAUUCUAAUGUCGAUCUAAUCGUCCCGAACUUCCAUACCCCCACCGUGUACUUCUACCGGCCGAACGGCGCCGAUAAUUUCUUCGAUGCGGCGGUGAUGAAGUCCGCGCUCGCACGUGCGCUCGUUCCUUUCUAUCCGUUGGCCGGGAGGCUGAAGAGAGACAACGACGGGAGAGUUGAGGUCGAUUGCAACGCCGAGGGAGCGCUCUUUGUGGAGGCGGAAUCCGACGGAGUAAUAGAUGAUUUCGGCGACUUUGCGCCUAGGCAUGAGUUCCGCCGCCUCAUUCCGGCGGUGGAUUAUAGCCAGGGCAUAUCUUCUUAUCCACUUCUCGUUUUGCAGGUGACGAAAUUCAAGUGCGGAGGAGUUACCAUCGGCACGGGAAUGCAGCAUCACGUUGUCGACGGGACCUCCGCACUCCACCUGAUAAGCAAAUGGUGCGGCAUCGCGCGUGGCGACGACCCGACCUUCCCGCCCUACAUCGACCGCACCCUCCUCCGCGCCCGCAACCCGCCGCAGCCGCAGUUCAAGCACGUCGAGUACCACCCGCCCCCGUCGAUGCCGCAAGACGGGCCGGCCCCCGACCCGGCCUACGCCAUGCUCAAGCUAACACGCGACCAGCUCAACGCCAUCAAGGCGAAGGCCAACGAUGACGGCAACACCGUCACCUACAGCUCCUACGAGAUGCUCUCGGCCCACAUCUGGCGCUGCGUCUGCCUCGCCCGCAACCUCCCCGAUGACCAGGAGACAAAGCUGUACGUCGCCGUCGACGGCCGAUACCGCCUGAAGCCGCCGCUCCCGCGUGGAUACUUUGGAAACGUGCUUUUUACGGCGACGCCGAUCGCCAAGUCGGGCGACCUAACGUUGAACCCGGCGUGGCACGCCGCCGGGAAGAUACACGACUUCGUGGCCAAGAUGGACGACGCGUACUUGCGGUCGGCGCUCGACUACCUGGAGCUCCAGCCGGACCUCAAGGCGCUGGUGCGCGGGGCCCACACGUAUAAGUCGCCGAACCUCGGGAUUACGAGCUGGGCGAAGCUGCCGGUUUACGACGCGGAUUUCGGUUGGGGGAAGCCGAUAUUUAUGGGUCCGGGUGGGGUGGCGUACGAGGGGCUGAGCUACGUUUUGCCGAGCCCGACGGACGACGGGAGCCUCUAUGUGACGAUUGCGCUGCAGCCGGAGCAUAUGAAGGUGUUCGAGAAGCUUCUGUAUGAAAUAUGAGUGAGGUAAUGUGUUUAUUUUGUGUUUUGAAUUGAAUGAAAAAUGGCGGGGAAGGUGGGGGGGGGGGGGGGGGGGG